AUGCGUAACGAUAACAGUUAUAAACUACGAGAAUUUUUGAAGAGAAUUAGAGAUUCGUAUGCGGAUUACGACGAUUACUGGGUUGAAAAAUUAGUGAAGGCCAUACCGAAAGGCAAUGAAACAAAUGAUGCAUUAAUUGAGUCACUGAAAUUUGGAACAGACGACAAACUAUCAAAUCAAAGCAACUUCUAUUUCAUUCAUCUCAGUUUAAUCAAAGAGAUAAUAUCAAGUGGAGAUAAGGAUUUAUGGAAUUGUGAUUUUAUCAGGAAUGUUGUGCGGCAAAUUUUGACCGAUAUAACUUUUGAUGGUUCGACAGUAGUUAUGAAUGCUUUAUUUGCGCUUUAUUAUGAGUUGGAAGAAAAGAAUUUUUCUUAUGAAGAUGAAGAGAUAGUUCAGAAAGCUCUUCACUUGUUGAAUGACAGUAUAGAUCCAGCUCUGAAUGUAGUUAUUUGUAGUUAUCUAGACAAAAUAUUUGCAAGAAAGUAUAACACAUCUUGGGCUUUUGCCAUUGUUGAGCUAUUGAAGACGAGCGGUUCCAAAGCAUCAGAUUCCGCAUGGCGCAUGAGAUUAUCGCAACUGCUAUUACACGAUCCAAGUCUCAUAUCUGUGAAGCAAUCAGAAGAAAUUUUUAUGUUGGCAAAAAGUCUUGAAAACCGAACUCAACAUAUCAACGUCUCUGAAUGUGAAAUUAUAUCGAUGAAUUUCCAUUUUUGCAAGCUUUUGGCCGAACUUGUACAGCAAAAGAAAAUGAAUAUGGAAAUAUUUUUCGAUGACGACUGGCGUUGCAUUCAUAUCAGAAAUGAGAUUUUAUUGCAUUUAAUUGCUAUGGGGCAUGCAGAAUUAAUCAAGGCUGUAUGGGACACUCCAAACUUACGCUUAUUGGAUUUGGUGGAAGUUGGACAUCAUUCUGGUAGAGAUUACUUUGAUCGAGGUCUGUCCAUAUUAUGCGAAGAACGUAACACAUUAUCAGCUUGCAAAUUUAUCGCAAGCCUUAAAAAUCCAUCCUUGGCUGCACUAAGUUCUUUGUUUGAUGCUUUGGAGCUUCACGAUAUGACAAAUCCAUUGGUUUUAAAUGUAUUACUGCAAAAAUCGGAAGCUUGGAAUAGCAAAAUUAUUCCGAUCAUAGCUUCAAAAGUCGCCGAACAACUUACCUUGCCAAAAUGGGAAUGCAGAGAUAAUGCCUUAAGUCAGUUAACAGUGCUAGUUAAAUAUGGAUACAAUGGAUCUGAGCUGAUACCGUGUAUCACUGAUAUGGUGAAGAAUGAUGAAGAGCCUUAUGUCCGAGGCGAAGCUCUGGCUUUGUUAAAUCAAAUUGGAAAUCGAACGGAUCUGAAUAAUUUAGCUGCAUCUGUGCUACUUUCAGAUUCCGAUUCGGCUCCAAGGAUUGAGGCUGCUCAAAUACUACGUAAUGGUCUACCACAAACGGAAAAGCUUUGUCUUGACGUAAUACCGAAAAUUUUGUAUGAUGAAGAUAUCGCAUUGCAUCGUAUAGUUAUCGAUUUGUGUGCUGCCUUAGUUAUCGAUGAUAGAAAUGAGGAAUUGAAAGGUUUACUGCUAAAAUUUCUUGAGCAAGAUGAAGUAGACUGUUACGAGGAAUUGAGUGAAAUGUUAUAUGGAAAAAGCAAGGAAUUGGAACAAAGUAAAGAUAACGAUGAUUUGGAGUAUAUAUUUAAUGUUUUGGCAAAGCAAGAUGACGAAGAUUUUGAUAAGGACUGUUACGAUUUAUAA